AUGGGCUGCCGGCUCCUCGGAAGUGGUGACUUUCAGCGUCUUGACAAUCGGCGCACAGUGCGAUUCAGGGCCAGGGAAUUUUUCUCCCGCUUCCUCGAGGUCGAGUCGCGUUCGUGGCCGGCGUGGGGAGGGCGGGGCGGUCGGUGGUCCCGGUUCUCCGCGGAACUCACACAGCAAGGGCUCUUUCCCAGCGCCUCAGACCUGACCCGUGGAAUUCGGGACUUUGCGCCCCCGGGCCUCGGUGUCGAAGCCCUGUUGGUUGCCACCCUGCUAAGCCAGGUCGGCCUGGGAAAUGGGAACUCCAGGAGUGGGCCUAGGACUGGAAUCCUCUUCGGGGAGAUGACCUUCCGUUUCCAUCACUCGGACAGCCCCGCGGGGGAGCAGCGCGGAGGAGGCCGCAGCCACUCAAUGCUGGUGUUGGGGCUCUUUCUUCGCGCUUCCAAGCUUCGUGACCUCGGAAGGGGUCCAGACGCGGCCUUGGUUGGCUGCAGCGGGCCGCGGGGGACAGCAAAGCUGGUCCGGGCAGGUCGGAGCUGCUGGGACGCGCCUCCACGCUCAGUGGCUGGUCUCGGCGGCCGCGAAGCAGCCUCUGCAGCAGCAGCCGUCUGCCUGGGUUGUGUUUCAGAUCCAAAGCCCAAGAAGAGAAAUGGGAUAAACUGCUUCACAGUCCUGCUGAUCACCUACCUGGUUCUGCUCACCGCAGGUGCUGGGCUGCUGGUGUUGCAAGUUCUGAAUCUGCAGAAGCGGCUCCAGGCCCUGGAGAUGCCCUACAACAAUCAAACGCUGGUCCCCGAGCAUAUCCUGCAAGCCCAGCUCAUCCGUGUCCGCACCAGGCAGGAGCACCUACUACGACUGGUGGACAACUUUACUCGGAUCCCAGGCCCCCCAGGACCCCAAGGUCCACCAGGAAUCAAGGGAGAGGCAGGAAGAAAGGGAGACAUAGGCAUGAAAGGAGACAUGGGGGUCAUGGGACCCCCUGGAGCCCGGGGGAAUAAAGGUGACUCAGGGAUGCCCGGUUCCCCAGGUGUGGCUGGAAUUCCUGGACUCAAAGGAGAUCAAGGACAACCCGGAGCCAAGGGUCUUCCAGGCUUUCCAGGAGCUGCGGGAUCCCCGGGUGCCAAGGGUGAGCCUGGCAGCGCUGGACCCACUGGGCCAAUAGGACCAUCAGGGAGGCCCGGGAGUCCAGGAGCCGAAGGUGUGAAAGGAAGCAAGGGGGACACAGGACUUCAAGGACAGCAAGGAACAAAAGGAGAAUCAGGAGCUCCAGGCCCUGCAGGCGUGAAGGGAGACAAGGGAAGCCCAGGCCUGGUCGGCCUCAAGGGGGCACCUGGACCAGGCGGCCGAAAGGGAGAGCCCGGGGCGAAAGGAUCUUCUGGGCCACAAGGAGCAAAGGGAGAAAAAGGUCAAAAAGGCGAAUCCAUGGUGUCCGUCCGGAUUGUUGGCUCUAGGAACCGAGGCCGGGCUGAAAUUUACUAUAAUGGUGCCUGGGGGACAAUUUGCGAUGACGAUUGGGACAAUUCAGAUGCCACUGUCUUCUGCCGCAUGCUGGGUUACUCUUCGGGAACUGCCGUUUUCAAUGUGGGAGCUGGCACUGGGACCAUCUGGCUGGACAACGUUGCGUGUCAGGGGUCGGAAUCGACCCUGUGGAGCUGUAGCAAGAACAGCUGGGGCUCUCACAACUGCAACCACAGUGAGGAUGCGGGCGUGGACUGCAGCUGA